AUGACUUCAGAGGCCCUGACAGGACCGCCGCUCCUGUCUGGCGUGGUAGGACUGAGCAUGCUCAAAAAUCCCUGCCUGUUCACCGUCAGAGCAGAGGACAAAGGUUGAGGUUUCGCUGCAGUUUGAAGAGACAGCUGGAGUUUUGCUACACAGCUGCUGUUCCUGUCACCGAAUGGAAAGCUUCAUUUCGAAUCUAAAUGUGGCUUCAGUCCACUUCCAUACAGUAGAUCAAAUCCAGACUCCAGAGAGCCACAGCUGUAACAUCUGUCCACAACUUCUCACAAAGACAGAGAGGAUCUUUUCUGGCAAAUACAGGAAACUCUUUCUUAAAUAUUUCUCCUCCAUCCGAGCCAGACAGGUGGUCGAGUCUGAGGAGAGCGUCUGCAACAAUUCCCAGCAGCAGUUUGACUGA